AUGGUUGUUAAUCUAGAUAUGACGAUGGGAAUUUUAUUUCCCGUAUUUUCUAUCUGUUCACCAAUAUCUAGUAUGAGUUUCAUUUCAGGUAGUUGUCCCCAUCUCCGAUAUUCUUUAUGCUUCGCAUCCUACAGGGAUCUUUGGCAUUUAGAUCUCAUAAGGCCUUAUGGCUUUCGCAUCCAAUCUCUAGUUCAUCUUAUAGGACUUUACAAUGCUUUUGUCAGAUUUCUCAUAGAAUCGGCACUUCGGGACCCAAUUUUUUACGCAUUUAUGAAGAUGGAAUCACUAAGCAAAUUUUGUCCCGAAAUAAAGGAUCUUCACAGUAACGGUACUGGUCGGAAAUCGCCUGGAAGUAGUUUCCUCAUAUUGUUGUUGAUGGUAGCUGCUGGUGGAGGUGCUGCAUACUACUGGUGGUAUUUCGAAAACGAAGACAAAAAAAGUGGACAUAAAGCGGAUUUUUUCCUAAAAACAGUUACGUCACCAGCAUCGACAUCUAAGGUUCCUGAGCAAGCAGAAAGCCAGGGAAAAGAACCUGUAUUCCGAGGAACGCAGCAUGAAUCCAUGGAAAAGAUGUUGAAGAUAUGUUUGCAAUCUGCUAUUGAAAAAGUGCAUUCAGCAACGGAAGCAAAAUACAGAACAAUUGAUGUUAUAAAUGAGCAUACUCGUGUGAUGAAACAAACGAUUGAUGAGGGCGAAAAAGGAGAUUGGACGCAAGUGACAAGUGCACUCCAAAAAAUUGAUAAAGCUUCGAAUAAUGAUGCAAAGGAAGAGAAUGAUGCGAGAAAUUAUUUGGAUAAUGUCAGGAAGGUAAUCGAACUGGGAGAAGCGACAGAACCCACUCGCAAUAACCCCUUGCUACAAAAUGCUCGUGAAACUGUCCAUAAACUUGAUCGCCAGCUUGAGGAAAUGAAUUUGAUGAUCAAAAAAACUCGUGAUGGAGGACGUAUUUUUAGUGAAUACAAAGAUUUGAUUGAUAAAAGCCGGAAGCAGUUUGCAUCGGAGUUGAAAUCAGUCCUUCCUAAUGUUGAUAUCCAUGCGCAAGAUUCUAAGUUAAACGAAGACGAAUUGAACGCAUUAAUUGCACAUGCACAUUUGAAAGUGGAUCAGUUAAGGAAACAACUUGCCGAACAGCAAGUUCGUGAAGAACAAAAUAUUGCAUGCGCUUUAGAAGAACAAAAAAAAUCUCAAAAUAAGUUAACCGAGGAGGAAAUAAAUCUAAAGGUGGAAGCGCUUCGUGAAGAAAUAAAAUCGGAAGCCGACAAAAUGCUCUCCACGCAGAGAGAACUUUGGGAAGCUGAACUGGAAGAAAAGCUACAAAGAGCAGCUGCUGCUCAUUCGGAACAUAUUGAAGAAAUUGUGCGUGUGCAAAGAAGUCUUUUUGAAAUUGAAGAGAAACAGAAGAUUGAAGAGGCGAUUAUCGAAGAGCGUUCUCAACUUAGCAGAGAGUUAGCAGCUGCACAAGGUAAACUAGAUGGAAUCGAAACUGCUUUGAAGUCACGAACUUCACAGGAUGCCGAAAAUCGCCGCGCUAAGCAAAUAUGGAUAGCAUCUCAUAAUUUGAUUGAUUCUGUCAUACAUGGACGGAGAAGUGGUACUGAUGAUGAUGCACGCCGUAAACCGCUGGCAACUGAGCUUCAAAUGAUUCGGGAAGCUGACUGUAAUGAUGAAUUUGUGGCGUGUCUGGUUAAUGCACUUCCAGAUGAAGCAAUAUAUAAUGGUGUAUAUACUGAAGAAGAUUUAAAGACAAGAUUCAAUAAGCUAUACAAGAUUUGUCGGCAAGUGGCCAAAAUGGAUGGAAGCAAUGUUGGGGUAUUUCAAUAUGGUUUAUCGUACUUGCAGAGUGCGAUGUCCCUCGAUCCUCCUAGGAAAUUCCCAAAAAUGGGAAAAUUUGACCCAAUGAUAAUGGAUUCAUAUGAAAUACUAUCAAGAGCAAGAAAUUUUGUUGCAGAGGAGGAUUUGAAUUCGGCGGUACGGAUUUUACAACUUUUGACCGGUCCAGCAAGAUUUGUAGCGCAUGAUUGGAUAAAUGAUGUGCGAGCACAUCUUGAAGCACGUUUCAUUGCUGAAUUACUUGUUGCACAUGCCGCUGUCAAUAAUUAUUCAUCUAUAUAUUGA